AUGGACUUUUAUUAAAUAGCUGCUAAAAAUUAGUUAAAUUCUGAUUCUGCUGAAUAUGACAUCAUUAAUAUAGAAUAUGCUGGAAAAGAUUACCCUGAAUUUGUAUUUGAAAUUAAUGAAGAAGAGUCAAAUGUGAAUCUUACAAAUUUAUCAAAAGAAUAUUUAGAUAAUUAUCAACAUCAUCAAGAGAACUUUAUUUAUUAUAAAGUUGAAAUGAAUGAUUCUAUAUAUGGUUUAGAAUUAAAAUUUGAAAUAAGGUAUCUCAUAAUUCAAAAUGAUUAGUUCAAUCUAAAUCUUAAGAUUUAAUAAUAUAUCUGAAAAUUCUAUAUAUCCAGGUAUGAUUUUAAAGAUACCCUAAAAGUAAGGAUAAAGUAAUUCUCUAGAACAAGAUAUAAAAACUUUUAAUAAAUCUUCUUAUUCAGCUCUUUAUAUUACCUAAGUUGGAGCAGUAUAAGGUUAAUUUGUGAUAACACCAUCCUUUGUAGCUUUUGAACCUGAAAAAUAAUGUAGAUAAAAUGAUGAAAUAAUUCAAAAAGCCUAAAUUCGACAUAUUGAUAAUUUAUAUCUUUAAAUUCUAUUGAAACAUAUUGUUUUAGUUGAAUAACAAGAAUUAUCUUAGUUUUUUAAAAAAAAAAUACCUUUAAAUAAAAAUAAUGUUAUUACAAUAAUAACAUAAACAAAAAAAUAAAAGAUUGUUGUUUUGAAAUUGAUUGAAGAAAAUCGAAUUGAUGAUUUUUUAAAUUAGCUUAAUUAAAAUUUAUAGGAUUAUUACAAUAGUUAAGGAAGAGAAAAUUUAAAUAAUGUUUUUAGUUAAAAAAGUUAUGAUUAAAAAACUAUUAUACCAUAUCAUUUUGAAUCGGAUGGUCAAAUUGAAAAUAUUGAGUAACCAAAAUGUAAUAUUAGUUAAAUAAUAAUUAGAGGUUGUAUGUCGUGAUUCUUAAUUAACUUAACUUAAAUCUAAAUCAGAAAUUGCAACAAGAGAUAAAUUCAUUAGUAUUUCUUCUAAUUUACCUUUUCUAUAUAAAGGAUAGAAAUGGUAAAUUAUUUAUUCAUCUAUAUAACAUGGUUCAUCAAUUUUAACUUUAAUGAGAAAAACAGAAAAUAAUUUACCAUCAAUUAUUUUAAUAAAAGAUUUAGAUUAAUAUUUAUUUGGUGCUUAUUUAUCUGAUGGUAUUAAAAAUAGUUAUGGAAAAUUUUAUGGAAAUGGAGAAUCUUUUCUAUUCACAUUUAAAAAUAGUUCUGAUAUAAAAAUAUAUAAGUGGACUCAAAUCAAUAAUUAUAUAACAUUAUGUGAUACAGAUGGAUUAGCUAUUGGUUGUGGAGAUAAAUAUGGCUUAUUUAUUAAUUCUGAUUUAUCAAAUGGAUAUAGUUGCCAUUGUGAAACAUUUGAUAAUGAAAUAUUGUCAAAAAAUAACAAAUUUAUUAUAGAGAGAUUAGAAAUUUGGAGCAUAAGUUAUAAUUGA